AUGGUUUCCUUCCAGUUGUUUUUUUCUUUCCAGGUAGUGAUCCUGAAAGAUCUCAAACACAAUGAUGGGAAUUUCACAGAGAAACAAAAGAUAGAACUGAACAAGCUCCUCCAGAUCGACUAUUACAACCUGACGAAGUUCUAUGGCACAGUGAAGAUGGACACGAUGAUCUUUGGGGUGAUUGAAUACUGUGAGAGAGGAUCAUUGCGGGAUGUCUUAAAUGAUAAGAUCUCCUACCCAGAUGGCACCUUCAUGGACUGGGAGUUUAAAAUCUCUGUCAUGUAUGAUAUUGCCAAGGGAAUGUCCUACCUGCACUCAAGCAAAACUGAGGUCCAUGGCCGCCUCAAGUCCACAAACUGUGUAGUGGACAGCCGCAUGGUGGUGAAAAUUACUGAUUUUGGCUGCAAUUCCAUUCUUCCUCCAAGGAAAGAUCUGUGGACAGCUCCUGAACACCUUCGUCAUGCUGAUGUGUCUCAGAAAGGUGAUGUGUACAGCUAUGGAAUCAUUGCACAGGAGAUCAUCUUGCGCAGGGAGACCUUCUACACUAACUUCUGCCGGGACCAUAAAGAGAAACUUUACAGAGUGGAGAGUGGCAAAGGAAUUAGACCCUUCCGCCCAGACCUGAUCCUAGAGACUGCAGGAGAAGGAGAGCUGGAAGUGUAUACGCUUGUAAAAAGUUGCUGGGAGGAAGAUCCAGAGAAAAGGCCUGACUUUAAGAAAAUUGAGAGCACUCUGGCUAAAAUAUUCAGUAACUACCAUAGUCAGACCAAUGAAAACUACAUGGAUACCUUGAUCCGGCGUCUGCAGCUCUAUUCCCGGAACCUAGAGCAUCUGGUAGAGGAGAGGACGGAGCUAUACAAGGCAGAAAGGGACAGAGCGGACAGGCUUAACUUCAUGCUGCUCCCACGGCCAGUGGUAAAAUCUUUAAAGGAAACAGGGCGGGUAGAGCCAGAGCUGUUUGAAGCAGUCACCAUCUACUUCAGCGACAUUGUCGGCUUCACCACGCUAUGCCAAUACAGCACCCCCAUGGAAGUGGUGGACAUGCUCAAUGACAUCUAUAAGAACUUUGACCACAUUCUCGACCAUCAUGAUGUUUACAAGGUGGAGACCAUUGGUGAUGCAUACAUGGUAGUGAGUGGCUUACCAAAGAGAAACGGCAACCGCCAUGCAGUGGACAUCUCUAUGAUGGCACUGGAUAUCCUUAGUUUCAUGGGAUCCUUUGAAUUACGACAUCUUCCAGGCCUGCCUGUUUGGAUUCGCAUAGGGAUUCACUCUGGUCCAUGUGCUGCUGGUGUGGUUGGGAUUAAGAUGCCUCGUUAUUGUUUAUUUGGAGACACAGUUAACACAGCUUCAAGGAUGGAAUCCACAGGUUUACCUUUACGGAUUCAUGUAAGUGGGUCUACUAUUGCCAUCCUGAAGAGGACAGACUGCCAUUUCCAGUAUAAAGUGAGAGGAAAGACUUACCUGAAGGGCAAAGGAACUGAGAUUACCUACUGGCUGACAGGGGUGAAGGACCAGCAGUAUAAUCUCCCAACACCUCCUUCUGUGGAGAAUCAGCAGCGGUUGCAAGAUGACUUAGCAGGGAUGAUAACAGAGUCUCUGGAGAAAAGGCAAUCUGAAGGGGUCCUGGUGCGUGAGCCUUCCCGGGUGGCCAGCUACCGAAAAGGCACCCUAGAGUACCUGCAGUUGGCCACCACAGAAAACUACAGCACCUAUCUGUAAAACUGGAUAUCUAGUGUGACAUAAAAACCAUGUACAGGCUUUGGAAGAUACUACACAGAGGCUGGAGACUGGCACUGUGCGGGAGAGCUGGGGAAAAAACAAAACUGUUCUCUCUUUGGGAAAUGUCUCUACCACUUGGCUUUUUAAUCAGUGAAUCAGAUAUACCCUUUGCUGUAGUGCCAAAAUGUAGUUGCCUCCAUGCUUGCUGCAUCUUCCCAAUCACCUGAUUGCUUAACCCAGGCACAUCCACCCUGAUUUGGGGAAAGAGAAAAUAUCCAUUUGAGACUGAAAAGAUAUUGUCUAAUAUUUUUUUAAAUGUGAUCAGCUGUUCAAUGACCCAUUUCCCAAAAUCUUCUCUGUAGAGUCUUAAUUUAUCGGGAUUUUAAACUUAGUGUUUAACUUGUAACUUUUUUAUUUGAAAAAAGUGCAUUUGUAUAUUUUUGAAAAUAUUUAAAAUGUAUGUAGGUAUGGACCUGGAUAUUUUGCAAUUUUGUUGUUUGUAAUUUCCCCACUGUAUAUUCUCAAGUGUUUUUUAUGUAGUCAAAUUAAUCUAGCUCAAAAAAUGGUGCCUCCACUGUUUCUCUAGGGAGCUUAUUCCAAAGUUUUGAUGGUUUCUGAAGCAUAUCUGAAUCUCUUGGGUCUACAGAAUUAAGUUGGAAAUCUUGCAAAAAUUGGCUCUGUCAUAAUAUUUCUCUACUUCUGCUUCUGGCCCCAAAACCAGAAGCACAUAGACCACUGCAAAAAUUAAAAAUAAAAUAUAACGGAACAUAACAUAACUCAGAGUUUCAUUUCAACUUUUGGGUGAAGUUUCAUGGGUGAGCAUUUUGUUUGGAUUUUAUCUGAGCUGGCUCAACCAUAUGCUAAAAUCAACACUUACUAUCAAUUAUCCACUUUAGCAAAGAGCCAAAGUACAGAUGUGUAACCAAGGAGACAACUGGCAUUUCACUGAAGAAAUAAUCACUAGCAAGCAAGAUUUUGGCCAGUGACUUUCUCUGCAUAAGUGGCUUUCAAACUGUGGUCCACGGACUUGUAAAUGACCUGUAUGCAAAUGGUGGUCUGCAGGGUUGCUUCUGAACAGAGGUGAAGCAUUGGUCAGUAUUCAAACAAUGAAGCUUACUGUUUCAGCUGUCAUUCAGUCUAGCACUCUUAUGGUUUCCAAAAACUUCUUUGACUAAGUAAAUGCUUAAUAAAACA